GGCGCCUUGAGCAGCAGCAGAGGUGGUUUUCAAAACCGGUGUCUGCACGAAAGGGAGAGUGAGAGUCGCUGGAGGAAGGGCUUCUAGACGAGGGCACUGGGCAGUGUGGUGAGGAGGUGGCACCAUGGGACUUAGCUUCUAACGGGGAUCUACAGUGUAACUGUUUUUGCUCUGUCCAGUAAGAGGCAUAGCACCCAGAGAACGCAGUGAGGUCUUCUGCUCCUUCCUCCUGGGCCACGCCUCCUCAUGGCUUACCUCCCUGGGUCUGAGUUCUAGUUCUGCCUGUAAUGGCUGCCUGCCCGUGAGGGGUGUGUGUGUGUAAAAUUGCCACCUUUGGGUGCCCAGCUCUCUGGGCUUGGAGCUAGAUGAUUCUGACUCCGCCUCAGGCCUGGUGUGUGACCUUGGGCCACUACCCUGGUCUGUGGGAACUGUGCUGUGUGUAAGGUUGCAUCAUUCCCACUUGUCCCACUAGGUCACUGGUAGGCUUGAAGGUGACGUUGAGUGAGUGAGUUGUCUGUAAGCAGUUUCCCAGCCUGUAACUGAUGGUUACUGUGGAACGUGUAUGGAGAACACCCAUAGCUACUAGACCCAGGCGGAGGAAUUCGGAUCCUCCCACCUACACCUUGUUGACCUGCAUUCCCUGCUGAUGGCAGAUUCUGUCAGCUGCACACUGGUGGAGUAACUGGUUGCUUGCGUUGCCCUUUGUUUAGUCUAGAACUUUCUGGAGCAGACAGCUGUCACCCAUUCAGCCACUAGCUGCUCACAACUGUUUCUGCAGCGAGCAGUGCAGGUGGAAGCACAGCUGGCUCUGCCACGGAGGCCCCACACAGGGCCAGCCGGUUGCAUCGAGGUCCCAGGUGAUGGGCCACGCUGUGGAGACGUGCUAUCUGGGCAGGAGGACAGCAUGCCCUUGGGAGCCUCUCGGGAGUCACCACAUGUUAAGGUGGAGGCAGAAGAGUCACACCCUGAGGGCGCAGCACAGGACAAGGCUCCAGGAACACAGGGCUGGACGCCCCCAAAUCCUGCUUCUAAGGACAGAGCCCUGUUCCUGCCCGGUGGAGCUCUUCCCUCACCCUGGAUUCCUGUACUUUCCCGAGGGGGAAGGACCAGAGAACGACAGAUGGCUGCAGCACUCCUCACUGCCUGGUCCCAGAUGCCGGUGACCUUUGAGGAUGUGGCUCUGUAUCUCUCCCGGGAGGAGUGGGGAAGGCUGGACCACACACAGCAAAACUUCUGCCGGGAUGUCCUGCAGGGAAAAAAUGGGCUGGCUCUGGGAGCUGUGGAAAUGGGGAAGGGGUUGCCAACCCUGUCUGCGGCCACCUCGGAGGAUGCGAAACCCUUACGGACCAGGGCCAGGUGGGCCGCGGGGCGAGACCCGCAGUGUGGCCAGCCGGUGGCCGGAGAUCCCGGGGAAGGCGGGCCGCCGAGGCCCGCCCCAUCCGACCCACAUCCCCUCGAGGCCCCAGACGACAGCGGCCCCGAGAGGCCCGGCGAGGCGAAGGCCGGCCCGGAGAGCGGCGACGCGGGCAGGAAGGCGUACCGGUGCGAGCAGUGUGGCAAGGGCUUCAGCUGGCGCUCGCACCUGGUGGCGCACCGGCGCACGCACACGGGCGAGAAGCCCUACACGUGCACGGACUGCGGCAAGCGCUUCGGCCGCAGCUCGCACCUCCUCCAGCACCAGAUCAUCCACACGGGCGAGAGGCCCUACACCUGCCCGGCGUGCCGCAAGAGCUUCAGCCACCACUCCACGCUGAUCCAGCACCAGCGCAUCCACACGGGCGAGAAGCCCUACGCGUGCGACCGCUGCGCCAAGCGCUUCGCCCGCCGCUCGGACCUGGUCACGCACCAGGGCACGCACACGGGCGCCAAGCCGCACGAGUGCCCGCUCUGCGGCAAGCGCUUCACGCAGAGCUCCGCCCUGGGGACGCACCAGCGCACGCACACGGGCGCCAAGCCCUACCCCUGCCCCGACUGCGGCAAGCGCUUCAGCCAGCGCUCCAACCUCAUCGCGCACACCCGCACGCACACGGGCGAGAAGCCCUACCCCUGCCCCGACUGCGGCAAGCGCUUCGGCCACAGCUCGCACCUCACGGCCCACCAGCGCACCCACCGCGGCGUGCGGCCCUACCCCUGCCCGCUCUGCGGCAAGCGCUUCAGCCGCCGCUCCAACCUGCACCGCCACGAGAAGAUCCACACCUCCGGGCCCAAGGCCCUGGCCGUGCUGAUGCUGGGGGCGGCGGGGGCGCUCGGAGCACCCCCACCCGCGCCCACCUAGAUGCCGGGGUAGCUGGGACGCGCCCCCCCCCCCCAUUCUAGGGCCCCGGAAGGACACUGGGUCUUAGCCAGUGGGGUGGACCCGGGUGAGGGCUGCAGCUGCGAGGUCCCAGUGCUGGCGCCAGGCGGCUCGUGGUUAGGUGGGAGGAGCCAGGGCGAGAAGGCGGGCGCUCCAGCUGCAGAUUAAAGGCCUUGGAUUUCAAGCAGUGGCUCGUGCGCUGUCUGCCUGGUGCCUGAGCUGAUCCCUGAGCGCCGCCGGGUAACCGAGUCCCCAUUUGGCCCGAGAAGGCUCUCUUCCCUAGUCUCGACUGGAGUCAGAGUCUGUGUCACAGGCCCAUUCCAGAACGUUAGGACCUGUUUCAAAGACCAGUUUUUGUGGUGGUUGGUAUCGAUAGACGCGGGGGGGGGCACACAUCUCACACUUGUUGAGAUCAGGGGACGACUGGUAGAUUGCUCCUCUACACGUGGCUCCCAGGCAUGGAACUCACGGUGUCAGGCUUGGUUGGCAGUAGGCGUCUUUACCUGCUGAGCCAUCGCAUCCUGUUAUUAUUGUUCUAUUUUGUUUUUGUAGCGAAGAGCAGCAUGAAACCAGCCGGUGCUCCACCUCUAGGUGCUGAGAUUAUAGGCGUAAACCACCCAGCCCAAACUUGGGACCAGAAGUCUAUCAACAAAGGCUUCUGAAUUCAGGUUUCCCAGCCGAAAGACAGCCAGUCACUUCUGCAGCGGGGAAGCCGGGCAGGGGUCCCUUCAGCUGGCGUCAUGUCCCACAGGCCCUUGGCACACGCUGAGCUCUGGCCUCUCCUGCCUCCUGCUGUGGGAACUGGGAGCAGGGCGUCCUGGACACUCCCACGCCGGGUGUCUGUCCAAGCACUGCCUAGGCCCCUGCCUCCUGGCUACCUCCUUUCAGCUGCUUACACUGGGGCCUGCCAGGGAAAAAUUCCUCAUGCGCCAGGGGCCUCUUCCUCCUCUCACGUGUUCUGCAGCUGGCCAGCUCAGUUGCUUCUCAGCCUCCUCCGUAUCUGCCGUUUGUAGGUGCUGUACCUUCCUGCUCAGUUUUGAACAAAAGUUCUGGCUUUUAA